AUGUCUAUCAAUGACCCCGCGGCGGCGGCUUAUGCUGCUCAGGAGGUGGACGAGGAUGCGGAGGUGCAGGUUGAUCUGGGGCAGCUCAACGCCCUCAGUCCGGAGGUCAUCUCCAAGCAGGCUACGAUAAAUAUCGGAACUAUCGGACACGUCGCUCACGGUAAAUCUUCUACUGUCCGCGCCAUCUCCGGCGUCCAGACCGUCCGGUUCAAGACUGAGCUGGAACGGAAUAUCACGAUCAAGCUGGGUUAUGCCAAUGCCAAGAUCUACAAAUGUGCCAGCCCAUCAUGCCCUCCUCCUUCAUGUUACCGCUCAUAUCCUUCAUCAAAGGAGAACAACCCAAAGUGUGAACGGCCUGGAUGCGACGGGCGGAUGGACCUGCUGAGGCAUGUGUCCUUCGUCGAUUGCCCAGGACACGACAUUCUCAUGGCUACCAUGUUGACCGGUGCCGCCGUCAUGAACGGUGCCCUCCUCCUGAUCGCCGGAAACGAAUCCUGUCCUCAACCCCAAACCGGUGAACAUCUCGCCGCGCUCGAAAUUAUCGGUGUCGACCCCAAAAACAUUGUCAUCCUGCAAAACAAGAUGGAUUUGGUCAGGGAGACGGAGGCUAUGGAGCAUUGCGAGAGCAUCAAGAAAUUUGUGGAAGGUACCACCGCCAGAUUAGCACCCAUCAUCCCCGUCUCGGCCCAGCUCAAAUUUAACAUUGACGCCGUCGUCGAAGCCAUCACCAAAAUCGCUCCCCCAAAAUACGACUUUGCGGCUGAUCCGCGUAUGGUCGUCAUUCGGUCCUUUGACGUCAACAAGCCCGGUGCGGGUGUGGACGAGCUGAAGGGCGGUGUUGCCGGUGGAAGUAUCCUCCAGGGUGUCUUCAAGAUCGGGAUGGAGGUCGAGAUCCGACCCGGAAUCAUCCACCGGGACGCCACUACCGGACACUGUACCUGCCGCCCCCUCCGAUCCAAGAUCGUCUCCCUCCUUGCCGAGCAGAACCAGCUGCAAUUCGCCGUUCCAGGUGGUCUUAUCGGUGUGGGAACACUGGUCGACCCGGCGCUGUGCCGUGCCGAUAGAUUGUUGGGGAUGGUCAUGAGCGCAGUGGGCAAGGGGCCCAACAUCUACACCGAGAUCAAGGCUGAAGUCUUCCUCCUCCGCCGACUUCUCGGUGUCAAGACGGACGACGCCAAGAAGGCCAAAGUUUCGAAGCUCGCUGUCGGCGAGACACUCUUUGUCAACAUUGGUGCCAGUCAGACGGGUGGCCGGAUCGUGGCGCUCAAGGGAGGAGAUGUGACGAUUCAGUUGACGACACCGGCGUGUACCGAAAAGGGAGAGAAGAUUGCGCUGAGUCGGAGAAUCGACAGGCAUUGGCGUUUGAUCGGAUGGGGAAAGGUCAAGAGCGGAGGAACCCUCGCAGAGGUGGUGGACAAGUAG